AUGGAGCCAGAAGCUGGGGCAAACAGGACAUCUCUUGCUGAGUUUCUCCUCCUGGGCCUAGCAGAAUCAGAAAAACUGCAGUCUGUGGUCUUUGUACUCUUCCUCUUUGCCUAUGUGGUCACAGUUGGGGGCAACCUCAGCAUCUUGGUAGCCAUUGUAGUGGAGCCUAAACUCCAUAUGCCUAUGUACUUCUUCCUGGGGAACCUGUCAGUGCUGGACAUUGGCUGUAUCACCGUCACUGUUCCUCCGAUGUUGAAUCGUCUCCUGUCCCACAAGCGUACAAUUUCUUAUGGUGCCUGCCUCUCACAGCUCUUCUUCUUCCACCUUCUGGCUGGGAUGGACUGCUUCUUGUUACUAGCAAUGGCUUAUGAUCGUUUCUUAGCCAUCUGCUGGCCCCUCACCUAUAGCACACGCAUGAGCCAGGAAGUCCAGAAGAUACUGGUGGCUGGGUCUUGGGUUUGUGCCUUCACAAAUGCACUGACUCACACUAUUGCCCUAUCUACUCUCAACUUUUGUGGUCCCAAUGAAAUCAAUCACUUCUACUGUGACCUACCACAGCUCUUCCAGAUCUCAUGCUCCACCACCCAACUCAAUGAGCUGGUGCUAUUUAUUGCUGGUUUUAUACUAGCAGGCAUUCCUGUGGUUCUCAUCAUCAUAUCCUAUAUCCACGUGGCGGCUGCAGUUCUACAAAUCCAUUCAGUGGAGGGCAGGAAGAAGGCUUUCUCCACAUGUAGUUCCCACCUCACAGUAGUCUGCCUCUUCUAUGGAACAGGUAUCUUCAACUACAUGAGGCUGGGCUCAGAGGAGGCUUCAGACAAAGAUAAAGGGGUUGGAAUUUUUAACACUGUCAUCAACCCCAUGCUGAACCCACUCAUCUACAGCCUCAGAAACUCUGAUGUUCAGGAAGUUCUGUGGAGGAUGCUUGUAGGGAGGGAGUAG